AUGAUAUGGAUCCAGGAAUUUUUUAAAGAUUGCAUCAGUUACACCUAUUACUUUGGCAAUAGUGACCCUAUUGCCUCGGCAGAGAAAUCGAUCAGAUUUCCAAAGGCCAAAUACUUCUGCAGAUUAUGUGAUUACCACUGUGAUUCUUUGAUUGUGUGCAGGAGACAUAUUGCAGAUGCAAGGCACAGGAAACUCAAAGAGGCUAAAGACGUGGAGACUACUCUGAAGAAUGUGCCAUCUCCAAUUGAAGCACAGGUUGCUGCUGUGGAAAAGUUGAUCUUGGAGAUAGUAGAAGAGGUGAAAGUUACCCCAGAUAUGAUGCGCACCAGAAAAGAGGUCGUGAAGGAACUUAAUAAAUUGCUCGCGGCCAAAGUGGAAGGGUGCAGAUUAGAGAUGGUGGGAUCAUCUGUGAGUGGGUUCUGCAUGAAAACAAGUGAUAUCAACAUAGAUGUAGUAAUGGACGAGAACCUUAAUCCUUCCAUUGCCCUAUUGGCAGUGAGGGAGUUGGUUCGAAAAAAUGACUUGUACACAGAUGUUUUAGAUGAUCUAACAUCAUCAUUCCCGACAAUGGCCUUCACCCAUGCAAACACCGGCUUGAGGAUGGUGGUGGGCGCAGGCAGCACCUCUCCCAAGCACACCAACCAACUCUUAGCUGACUAUGCUGUGAUCGACCCCAGAGUACUUACCCUGGGAAUUGCGCUCAGAUAUUGGGCAAAGCUCUGCCAGAUGGAUGACCAGUCACGUGGAACUCUCCCACCACAUGUUUUCCCAUUGAUGGUUGUACAUUUUCUUCAGCAACACAACCCUCCAGUCUUGCCAGUUUUACAUAGCUUGCACCCAAAACCUGACGGGGAUGUUUAUUUACGUCCAUCAAAACUUGGUGAUAAGUGGCAGUGCCAAAAUACUCAGAGUGUGGGUAGGCUAUGGCUUGACAUGUUCCGUUUCUAUACCAUUGGCUUCAAGAUGACAGACCUUGUCAUCAAUGUGAGACAGCUGCAGCCCAUGCCCAGAGCAGAGAAAACAUGGAGUAAAAAGAUAACUGUGGAAGAUCCAUUUUUACAGAAGAGAAACCUUACACGGACUGUGAGUGGAAACCCUGUGUUCGAGUACAUCACAGACAGGUUUAAAACGACCUACAAAUACUUUUCCAUUCCUCAACUCUCUUUGGGCCUCUCUUUAACCACAUCAUUGUCAAGGAGGUAAGAAGACCUUGC